AAUAACGAGUCAUUGAGCAAAGUCGGUCUCCACCACCAGCGCUCAUUCGGUAUCGCUCAUGCAGGGGGUCUCAAACAGGUAAAAAUCCACAGCGAUCAUCACCACUUCAUUCAGCUGCGUGGUGACUAUGACUGGUUGCCUCUUUGCGCACCUGUUGGCUUUUCCCCAGGCGCGAUUUGACCCUGUCGGCGAGGCACGCACCGCAUCAACCCGCGCCACGCUGUCUUUUGAUACGCUUUUGGCAUGCAUGUCCCACCUGGAAAUAAUAAUGACGCUCCGACCUCAUUCUCCAGGCGUACCGUUACCCGCUAAACGUCUGACAGGCUCACGGAUCGUGUGUCUUCCGUUAGCACCUUGGUCAUCCUCUUGAGAUACAUGGCAAAGGGUCCACAUUUCUUUGCCCCUUUUACAACUUGAAGUAUAGUUGAACAUUCGGUAUGCUUGAAGCAGCGGUUGCUCUCCACUUCGUCCUAUUUUCUUUUUGGGGGCCAAAAUGGUUCCGAUGGACCACGCGACAACUCCCGCGCUAUGCAGCGAUUCGACAGAUCGGUAUCUCUGUUAUGAAACCAAC